UUUCUGAAGUUCUGUACUUUCCCAGCCAUUACAAUCCAAUCCUUCAUGCUACCGUGGUUCCGUAGGACAGUAUUGCGAAGCAUCAGUGCUAAGAAAAGUGAGAAGACUACAUUGCAACAGAUAAAUGUCCUAAAUUCUGCAACUGCGAAUGCAGAAGAGUUUUGAGGCCGCCAUAGCUAAAAUUCAGCUAUCGUAUUGGCCAAUCAGCAAGCUCAUGUAGAAAAGACAGAGGGAAACUUGAACUAGUCUAGUUGCUGCGCGAGGCCUGUCGCAAAAUUGUACUUUAUGGCGGAGCAAUCGCUAUGGUGUUGCGAAAUCUUCCACAAUUUGAACAUCACCAAGGUUGCACAUUGGGAAUUCAGGACACAUGCUCUGACCCAUUGGUUUGGCUCAGCAGAGAGAGGAUGUUAUGCAUUGGCUGUUGUCAUAUGUCUUCUAGGAUUAUUUAGAGACUACUGGUUUGAGGAAGCAAUUUCAAGCCAGCCUAUUGCAGUUGCCAUGUGUACAGAUCAUGUUCGUCUCUGUGGUACUCUGCUGAUUGUAACUGGCACAGUUCUUGUCCUGAGCAGUACUUGGUCACUUGGAAUAAUAGGAACAUUUCUAGGGGAUUAUUUUGGACUUCUGCUGAACAAGAGAGUUACAGGUUUUCCAUUCAAUGUCAUGAACAACCCAAUGUACUGGGGAUCAACAAUGAACUUCUUGGGAUACUCAUUAAGGCGAUGUAGUCCAGCAGGAGUACUCCUAACAGCACUAGUUGCAGUAUGUUACAAAAUAGCCCUGUUAUUUGAGGGGCCUUUUACUGAAAGAAUUUAUGCUGAAAAGAAGUUGAGACAAGAAAAAGAAGAAUGAAAAUUAAUAAAUUAUGCUGAUAAUUUA